AUGGCAGCGGAUAACUCUUCAAACAGAUCCUCGCCCCGGCCGCUGAGAGUUGCAGUGGUUGGUGGCGGGCCGGGCGGCUUGGCCACUGCCAUUGCGCUCUCCAAGACCCCGAACGUGGAGGUACAUAUCUACGAGAAGGACAAGAUCCUCCGCGAGGUCGGCGCCGGUAUUAACAUCGGGGCCAACUCGUGGAACGUCCUCGGGCUGCUGGGCGUCGCGGACUCGCUCGUGAGCGGGCAUCCGAGCGAUGUGGUGCUGAAUAUGAACGGCCGCUCGGGGGAAGAACUGCACCGAAUGGAACGGCCGGUGGAUCGUGAAUGGCCCGCUGGGAACUGGAAGGCGAGACCAACCAUUCGGACGCAGAGGACCAAGCUGCAGUCUGCUUUGUUGGCGCACCUACCGCCCGGGGUGAUCCGUCUGUCGAAGAAGCUGGACAAGAUCACGGACCUGGGCGAGAAAGGCGUCGAGCUGCAGUUCGCGGAUGGCACGACCGAGACGGCGGACCUGGUCGUCGGAGCAGAUGGGAUCCGCUCGAUUGCCCGAGACUGCGCGUGGCCAGAUUACAAGAUCGCCUUCACGGGGACGACCAUCUGGCGGGCGCUGCUGCCGCUCAAGGAGCUGACGGACCAGGACCCGCGCUUCGGCAUCACGGGCUGGUGGCACCUGCCGACCUCGCACGUCUACUUCUCCCCCGUCGGCGAGGGGCUGGGCGAGAUCGCCUCGCGCGAGUACCAGGACCCAGCCGUCCACAGCGCGAGCAAGGUCGUCUGGGGCGUGCCCGUCACCAACGAGCACGUGGAGGGCCACUUCAAGGAGUACCUGCCGUCGAUCCGGGCGGCCCUGGCCAAGAUCCCCGACGGCGCGUGGAGGGAGUUCGCCGCCUUCGCGGGGCCCGAGCUGGCGUCGCUGGCGGCGUGGGGCGGCAGGAUCGUGCUGGUCGGCGACUCUUCGCACGCCCUCUCUGGCGCGUUCGGGUCCGGGGCUGGGUUUGCGAUGGAGGAUGGGUGGGUGCUCGCGCAGGCACUGAGGCAUUAUGGUAACGAUGUUCGCAAGGCUGCAUCGUUGUUCGACAAGAUACGCGUGCCGUACUAUUCCCGGAUGUAUGAGUACCUCGGGGGCCAGGCGGCUAAGAGGGCCGAGAAGUUGAGGGAGCUGGAGGUUGCGACGGCCGGGCUGACGGAGGAAGAGAGGGUCAAGGUCAAGGUCAUCAAGGAGGGUGGUGAUAUGAGUUGGAUCUACCAGAACAACAUUAAGAAAGCUUGGGAUGCGGCAUUGGCGGAGGUGAAGGAAGAUGGCGAGGAAAUUUGA